AUGAAGAAACUUUCGAAUACCUAGUACAAUUCUAAGUAGAAUUUAUUUUCAAGUACUGAUCCAAAUUUGACUAAAGCACUUGGAAAGUUUCAUCAUAGACAGUAAUAGAGUGCUAACUUUGAUAAUUCUGGGCGUUAAUUCAACUAGUCUUAAUAGCUCCAAAAUACAAGAUCAACAACAGAUUUAUUACAGCAAUAGUUUUCAUAGGGAUUGUAAAAAGCUAUUGAUAAUUUCCCACCAAUUGACAAGAAUAGCCUCAAUGCCAGAAUGCCUCCUCUCUAAGUGAAAAAAAACAAUUAUAUAAACUCAAAGUAAAAAAAUAUCUUCAAUAUACAAGAUCAAGAAAUUCGUUCGAGUCAGAAUCAGAGAUCAAUAAAUUUAAAUAAUAAACUAAGUCCUAUUAAAAAGAAAUCUUCAUCUAAAAUACAAGAGGUAAAUGAGGAAAAAGAGGUAACUCCUCCUCAUAUCAGAUUGUCAAAAGCCCGACUAUAGGUAGCCAAUGAUGUUAAUGGAGAUAUUGAGCUUUUUCACCAGAAACUACAGGUUCGGCUAUCAAAGUAAUCAUUCAUAACUAUAAAUAAUCAAGGAACACCAACGAAUAAACUUUCGAAAGUUGACUCUUAAUACUCGAACGAAGGCAUAGACUUCCUAAAAAGAGCUAGAAUGUCAGUAUAAAUUCAAGAACCAUCAGAUUUCUAGAGGUCUGUGCAAAAACUAAUGAAAGUUUCUGAGGACAAAAAUUCAAGGUCAAAGUCAAUUCAUAAAUUUCAGUAGCAGUUCUUAGAUCCCCGAGAGUCUAUUAGAAUUCACAUGGAAAAAAUGAAAUCUAUUGAGUAAAGGGAUAUGAAUAAAUUAAGGCAAUAAUCGAUGGCUAAUCCUAAUUUGUUUUAUAAUAUGAGCAUUCACAGAUAGAGCAUAUAUUCCUAUUAAGGAAACCAACUAAAUAGCAGAUUUAAUUAAUUAUCAUCACAGAAAUCCAAUAGUAAUGUUAAUCUUACUCAUGGAACGAAAUCAUCAAGAGAUGAAUCUGAGGAAUCAUCUUAAGAAGAGGAAGAACAUAGGAGGAAGAUGUCUAUUCUCUAGCAUCCGAAGAAAUCCAAAACUUAAAAGAAAAGUGUGAUGCAAGUUGAAAACAUGACUGCAAUUUUCAGUAAGCCUAUUGAUGAGAGGGAAAAAUCAGAUAAGGAAAAGAUAGUACUAUUUCUAAGAAACGGAGUAAAGUUUCUUGAGCCUAUAUAAACUUCCCUGCUCUUUCUACUAUCAGACAAGCUAGAACCUGUGUCAUUUAAAGAAGGAGAAGUUAUAAUAACUAAGGGUGAUGAGGCUACAUGCAUGUACAUAUUAUAUGACGGGGCUGUGGAUAUAUUUUCAGAUGUUGAUUGCAAUUAAAACAAUAAAAUAGUGCAUUUGACGAGUAAUUAAGUCCUUGGUGAGAAGGCUUUGGAAAAUGAUGAUAAAAGAGGAGCAAGUAUCAAAGCUGCUGCAGAUUGUAAACUACUGAGACUUAAAAAGCUAUACUACAAUUCUAUAGUCUAGGAUGUUAUUGUAAUGUAAAAGUUCUAGGCUCUUGACUUUUUAAAAACAAUUGAAAUACUUAAGGGAUGGUCUUUGAUUAAGCUUCAAAGUCUAAAUAAAUGUCUCACAGAAAAAAAUUACAAGCCUGGUGAUAUAAUUUAUAAAUAAGGAGAUGAUUCUAGAGUCUUCUACAUUAUCAGGAGAGGUUCUGUCCUAGCCGAAACAAUCAUAGAUAUUGAUGAAUAUAAUAGAUACCCAAUUGUAAAUAGUGAUUUAUCAUCUAACUUUUAGGGAAUUAAAACUUGGGAGAUUGUUAAGAAAACUAAAAGAAUUAGAUACAAGGUCUACGAAAUCGGAAAAACCUAGAUAUUUGGUCAUGAUGAAUUAGUACUUAAUAUCUAGAGAUAAAUGACAAUAAGAGCACUUGAAGAGACAAACGUACUUUAUUUGAAUAAGGAUUAGUUUGAGGAUUUUAAUAUAAUUGAGAAAGCUGAUAUGUAGAAGAUUAUAGAGAGAGUUGCACCUGUUGAUGUGGAGAAGAUAGCACUUAGCAUAAUGAAUAUAAAAACUAACACCAAAAUAAAGAUAAAUAAGCUUAAGCCAUGGCUUGAAAAGAUAAGAAUAAUGCAAAAGAAUAAUGCACUUGUAAAGCCAGAAAAUCAAAAGAGUUCAACCCUUGAAGAAGGAUCCGGAACAGUAGUUACUUUAGAGGACUCAGAUGAUGAUCAAAUAUAAAAUGAUGAACUUAAAAAAGUUAAAGUGCUUAAAGUUAUCAAAGAGAAAAUGAGAGUAAGCGGCAACGAGUACUUGAAGGCUUAGGAGUUUAAGAGCUCAGAAUUGAAGUCCAGACUAAUGGAGGGGGAUUAACCUACUAAGUCAAAUUAGAUAGACGCUCAAGUUUCAGUUGCUAGUAAUUUCACAUUAUGCUGUGAGGAUUUAAUCAACUGGAUUAAUCUUGUUGAUCUUAAAAAGGAAUAGAUUAUCUCGAUUUCAGCCAGUGAGACCUCUACUAUCGAUGCUGAUGCAGUUUUGAUUUUGACUUAUAGAACUGAAAAAGAGCCAUCCAUGACUUCUCUUAAAGAAAUCAAAUUCAACUUAUUGAAAAACGUUGUUGAUUGGGAUGAGUAAUACAAUUAGUUGCAAGAGAUUCAUAAAAAUGAGAAAAUAGAGGUCAUCAGUUUGACUCACACUGCUAGAAACAUAGGUCAAAUCAAUAUCUAAAUCCUAUGGUACCUUACAUGUGAAAAUAAGAUUCAAUAUACAAGCAAGCAUUUUUAAAACACUGGAGAUCUCUUAGCUCUUCUUAGCGAAGGAUUAGUAUAUUUGAAUAGUCAUGUAGCUCCACAUAAUCUUGUAAGUUUUUCAGUUUUUGAAGAUGAUCAUCCUUGUCCAAAACAGUAAUACCACUUGGUAAUCUAUCACUAAGGUGAAGGAAUCGCUCCAUUGGUGAGACAUCCUGAAGUACAAGGGGAAAUUUAUAGUAUUGAUACCAUCAGUACAAGAACAUGGGAGGAUGCGGUCGAUAAAAGUAUUAAGCUAAUGGAAAGCAAUGGCACCUCUGAAUACAAAUUUUCUACCAGUUCAUAUAACUAUUCAGUUGAUGACCAAAAGUAAAUUGCAGUUAUUAGAUGGCUUAAAGUUCAUGAGGAUCUUCUUGCUGAUCACUCUAGAGGAAUGUGCAAUUGUACAAUUUUUUGA